GGGCACCAGCAGCAGCAUACUGUAUUUUGCUUUAUUAAUUUUGGGAUUCGCCUCCCAGAAUUUAAUAGUAAAAUAUAAAAAGAAAUGAAACAAUUCCCUUGUGUGGCUAUUGCUCCUCUUUCUUACUACGAAACUAAAAGUGGUACUGCUGGGGGUAUCAUAUAGUUUAAUUUUAUUCAGGCGCCCUGGUAAUUUACAUCUCAAGCUGGUCGCUCGAAUCUAGAUCACUGGAUCCAAGUUGAUGGAAAGCCGACCGGGAGUUUUGGUCGUCGGAUCCUCUGGCGUCGGCAAGCGCACCCUCCUCUCUCGAUUGCUCUCUGUGGAAUUUGAGGAUUCAUCGGAGCCAUCAUCUCAAACAGAAGUUCAUGGCUGGACGAUCAACACUAAGUAUUACACGGCGGAUGUUUCUGUAUGGAUAUCACAUAUUCGCGACGACUACUCUCUACCCAAUCUCCCUCAGUCACAUCCACUGGUGGCCUUAGUUAUGGUCUUCGACUUGAGUGAGGUUUGUCUUGAGUGGUGCUGUGAGAAUAACAUCGAGUUCAUUGAGGCUUGUGCCUCUAAUCCUGAUUUUGACAAGUGUUUAUCAGUAGAUGGGGAUUCUCAAGGGGUUGAACGUCUAUUUGGUGCUCUUUCGGCACAUAUGUGGCCUGGGAUGGUUCUUAAAUCGGGUGAUAAGAUAAAUGAUCCUGUGUUAGCUCAAGGGGAAGAGUUGUCAGAAGAAGAAUCUGAAUACGAAUUGGAGUAUGAAGUGCUAUCAGCAGGCUCAGGCGACCCAUGGGAGAAUAUCGACGAAAGAUGGGUUUCUGCAAGUGGAACGCAUUCAUAUGCAGAUGCUGGUGGAUCCACUUCACAGGAAAACCUCCAUGUAGAAAAUAAUAUGGUAAAAAUGAAUGAAGUUGUGGAUGAAGAGUUGCAGCUGUCACGGCCAAGGUUAGAGCCGCAGAGUGACACUGACAGAGUAAUAGUAACAGAUGAAAAAGCGGUGGACACAGAAAAUGAGAAAUGUUAUGAGUUUGAAGACGUGGAACAGUUGAUGUCAGAAAUAGGAAACAUCCGGGACAAUUUGCGAUUGAUGCCUGAUUUCCAGAGAAAGGAAAUAGCUGCGAAUUUAGCGAUGAAGAUGGCUUCCAUGUUUGGAGGUGACAGUGAUGACGAGGAAGAACCUAAGUAAGUCCGUUUAUAUCAAGUAUUGUGGAAGAUCAGCGGUUUAUUUGGUUCUCUAUACAAAUUUAUCAAAAUUCGUUUCUUGUUUCGUGAUAGAUUCUGGCAGUAAUAGUCAGUUGCACGAUGUAAUACAAACAAAGCCAGUAAACUAUUCUAGUUUCCUGGGCCGACCUGUUAUGUAGCUCUUUACUUUUUCUCUA